AUGGAUCGUAUAGGCCAGUCCCCUGGCGCACAAACUUCACCGCGCAUAACGAGCUCACAACUAAAUAAACCUAUCACGGCGGAUCGUCAUAUCUUACCCAAUAGGUUGCCAUCAACAACGGAUACACCGUUCUCUGAACCGCAAGUUAUCAACAGUCCCAAUGUUGCCACUUUCUCAGCAAAUCAGACUACCAUAAGUCCCAAAUCGACAAAUGUCUCUUCGCUUACUAAGCUUGAGAAUGCGCCUCAUUCUUCAAUAUCAUCCAAUGGUUCCUCCUCGAGAUCAAGAAGAUCUUCAAUGGGCGGUACACCUUUGAGUCCGGAGAAUCUCAUAGAUGUAAUGGAGAAGGAACAGGAAGGAAUAGUUUUGAAAUUAAUGAAGGAAAUACAAAAUUUGAAAGAAGAGAAUAAACAGUUGAAGCAGCAACUGGCUAAGUUCAUGCCUGGAUCAUCCACAGGCUCCAAUUCCUCUGCUUCAAACUCCUCAUCCGUAAGUAGAUCUUCAAGUCAGCGACGGUCAACAAUUGGAGGGCCCGUAGCCAGCUCUAAGAGGUUACCCAGUAUCUCCACCACCGCACUAGGAAUCAACAGUUUUUACGAAUCUCAGCCUUUUGAUCAGCCAGAUUUCAGAACGAGCAAGACACGUAAAAAAGGUGGGAACUCACCUACAUUUGCAAAUUAUUCUCUCAGUUCUGUUGGGAGGAGGGACAGCUUUACUUCCGAUAAAGUUAUGGAGGAUAUUUCACCCUUGUGUAUCCCUGGUGCAACAACAGGGGAUGACAACAACAAAACGGACCAGAGCGCGUUGACCGAAGCAAGAUAA